AGCGCAGGCAUUGUUCCGCGCGCCGACGCUCGCAGCUGCUGAGCAGUUGGGCCCUUCGGGAUUAACCCCCAGCGGCCUUGCGGAUGCUGACUAGGGGAGGGGACCAAACAAGCUUAAUUCGAGUCGACCGUAUUGCAGAAUCGGGGCCAGGGUUUGCUUAACCCGAGUUCGUCCUGCCGCAGAGACUGCCAGGCACUGAGGCGGUGACAGGCCCAGCCUGUGCUGCGUACCAGCGGACGCUCGGUAGGGGCACGGGGCAGCUCCUGGUGUCCGAUGCGCGCAUGCGCAGGGUCUAGGCGCGAAGCUGGAAGCGGUGCUCAGGACCUCAGCACCCUGCUGUGCCUGGAGGAGAGCAUGGAAGAGCAGGAUGAGAAGCCUCCAGAGCCCCCGAAGGCCUGUGCACAGGAUUCUCUCCUUCCUCAAGAGAUUAUCAUCAAAGUCGAGGGAGAAGACACUGAGUCACUGACCAUCCCAUCUCAAGAAGGAGUGAACUUCAAAAUUGUGACUGUGGACUUCACACAGGAGGAACAGGGCACUUGGAACCCUGCUCAGAGGAGCCUGGGUGGAGAUAUUAUCCUGGAGAGCCACAGAGACCUAGUCUCUUGGGACUUAGCAACUGCAGUUGGAAAAGAAGAUUCAACUUCAAAGCAGAACAUUUUUGAUGAAGAACCAGCUAAUGGAGUGAAGACAGAAUGUUUUACAAGGAAUGAUCCUUGGUUGUCUUCAUGUGAAGAAGUUGGUGACUAUAAAGAUCAGUUGGAGGAGCAGCAGGAAAAUCAAGAGAUAUUUUUGCAGGAAGUGGCUUUCACUCAAAGGAAAGCAAUUAUUCAUGAGAGAGUCUGCAAAAGUGAUGAACCUGCGGAGAAGAGUGGUCUGAAUUCCAGCCUAUUUUCAUCCCCAUUUAUACCCAUAAUAAACCAUUUUCAUAAACAUGUACCACAUGCUAAAAAAUGGUAUCUUAAUUCUGCUGUAAACAGUCAUCAGAAGAUUGAUGACAAUGAGACACUACGUGAAAAUAAUGAAUGUGGAAAACCCCCUCAGAGCAUUCACCUUAUUCAGUUUACAAGAACUCAAACAAAAGAUAAAUCCUGUGGAUUGCAUGACAGUAUUCAAUCUUUUUGCCAUGGUACACCCCUACAGAUACAUGAAAAAAUUCACGGAGGAGGAAAAACCUUUGAUUUUAAAGAAUGUGGGCAAGUUUUGAACCACAACAUAUCCCAUAAUGAACAGAGAAUUCCUGUUGAAGAAAGUCUAUAUAAAUGUAGUAAAACCUCUCAGAGUUCCUCCCCAACUCAAAGCAUGAGAAAUAAUUCUGAAGAGAAACCUUUUGAAUGUAAUCAAUGUGGGAAAUCCUUCAGCUGGAGCUCUCAUCUUGUUGCACAUCAGAGAACGCAUACAGGAGAGAAACCCUAUGAAUGUAGUGAAUGUGGAAAAUCCUUUAGCCGGAGCUCGCACCUUGUUUCCCAUCAGAGAACUCAUACUGGAGAGAAGCCUUACAGGUGUAAUCAGUGUGGGAAAUCCUUUAGCCAGAGUUAUGUCCUUGUUGUGCAUCAAAGAACUCAUACUGGAGAGAAGCCUUAUGAGUGCAAUCAGUGUGGAAAGUCAUUCAGGCAGAGCUAUAAACUUAUUGCACAUCAAAGAACACAUACCGGAGAGAAGCCCUAUGAAUGUAAUCAAUGUGGGAAAUCAUUUAUCCAGAGCUAUAAACUUAUUGCACAUCAAAGAAUUCAUACUGGAGAAAAACCCUAUGAAUGCAAUCAGUGUGGGAAAUCCUUUAGUCAAAGUUAUAAACUUGUUGCUCAUCAGAGAACUCACACAGGAGAAAAACCCUUUGAAUGUAAUCAGUGUGGGAAAUCCUUCAGCUGGAGCUCUCAGCUUGUUGCACAUCAAAGAACUCACACUGGAGAGAAACCGUAUGAAUGCAGUGAAUGUGGAAAAUCUUUUAACCGCAGUUCUCACCUUGUUAUGCAUCAGAGAAUUCACACUGGGGAAAAACCAUAUGAAUGUAAUCAGUGUGGAAAAUCCUUCAGCCAGAGUUAUGUUCUUGUUGUACAUCAGAGAACUCAUACUGGAGAAAAGCCCUAUGAAUGCAGUCAAUGUGGGAAGUCCUUCAGGCAGAGUUCAUGUCUUACUCAACAUCAGAGAACGCAUACUGGAGAGAAACCGUUUGAAUGUAAUCAGUGUGGAAAAACAUUUAGUUUGAGUGCUCGACUUAUUGUACAUCAAAGAACUCAUACUGGAGAGAAACCCUUUACAUGUAUUCAGUGUGGAAAAGCUUUCAUUAAUAGCUAUAAACUUAUUAGGCAUCAGGCAACUCAUACUGAAGAGAAACUCUAUGAAUGUAACUAGUUUGGAAAUCUCUCAGCUGGAAUUUAUUCCUUUUUAUUUCAUUCUUUUAAAGAAUUUAUUUUAAGGUAGUACAUGUAGUGGGAAGAGCUGCUAUAAAAACAAUACAUGUGGGAAAACUUCCAGUCAGUCCUCUAUUAUUGUGUAUCUGGAAUUUGUUCUGGAAAAGAAAGGGGGAAAUCUAUGAAUGACAUUUCAACCUAACAAUUCCAUAUGCAACAUUAAACUUGGUUCCUAUUACAUAUUCCUAUGAAAAUAAUAAGUAUUGGCACUUUUCCUUGCAGAAAGCACUCAGACCUGAAUCAGAUCGCUUCUCAGCCUUUUGGCUAAGAUCAAGUGCAGACCUGAAUCAGAGAAAAUCAUGCCAAAGCCAUCUGCCAGUGUGUUAGACCUCUUUUUCCAUAAAGAGUAAAUGGAAUGCUAACACUAGUGGGCUUAUUGAGAAGAUCGAAAGAUUGCUGUAGUUAGAACUUAGGCUGGAAAACCAUGUUUUAGUGCAUCAUUUUACUACAUGAUGUUCCAAUUAGAUAGCUCAUAAUCUGUUCCAUACAGCACUUGCUGUUGUUACAUGUGAAGAUUUUGUAAAAUUUAGGAAAGUGUCUAUGAUAUAUAGUGAAAAAUGUGAGUCAAGAAUAUAGAAAUAAUAUAUAUUAUGAUAAAGUGUGUACAGAUUAGAAUUGAAAGGGAUAAUGGAUGUAUCUAUUCAACUUUUCAGUUUAUGUUGUGCCUUCCUUUUUGGAAUGUAUGCUGUUGUGCUAUAAUAAAUGAUAUAAGUAAAAAUUAUUCAAAAACAAAAA